AAAAUAUUGAAACCAGGAUUUUUUUACUGGUACAUUGUUGGCAGCAGGAGCUGCACAUACAAUAGCUGACAUCCACGCCCCCGCCUGCAGCCCCUACGCAGAGAUGUCGCGUUUGUUGGUCGUCCUGCUGGCAUCAGCCACCUGCCGGGCUGGGGUCCUCCCUGAUGGCACCGCCGUGAGGGUGGACGCCCACUCUGACACCGAUGAACGAAGGAGGAGUCAGCUUAUAAAUGGAACGAAUCGAUUGGACAGUGCCGCUUCUGACCCUAGCACCUUCUACUUAUCCUACCUGGAGGAAAACGGGAGUCGGCCCAUCAUCGAAACACCCCCAUGGGCGCAUGCCUUCCUUGUGUCCCCCUUGCAGAUGCCGCCCGCAGGUCCACUUGGAGCCCACAGGGUCGAUAUGCCAGAAGCUGGCAGAGUAAUGCCCCCCAACGCCUUCCACUGGCCUGACGUAGUGGGAACAGGCUUGACCCAGUCUGCAAAAAUUCCAACUGAGGAAAGUGAAGGUGCCGCCCCUGACCCCUUCAACUGGGAAAAUGGAACACCCCCGUGGGCGCAGAUGCCGCCCCACUUGGUCAACAUCCCAGAAGGCUCGGAGAGCCUCCGAAUGCUGCGGACUGGUGGCGUGGCAACGCCGCCCAACCCUGAUAUGACCAUUUGCGACAUGCUGCUGAAGUCCACGGUGUCGCCGCAAACUCCGGUUUGGUGUUUGUGCUUGCAGUGUGAAAGCUCUGCGAGGCCCCCAGGGGAGUGUGGAGAGCCUGGUCCCUCAGGCAUGUAUACCAUUUGAUAUUUGAUGUACU